AACAUCAAAUUAACCAUUGGAUAUCUGGCCUCUAUUCUUGCACCUAUUCUUGCAUCUAUUCUUGUACCUACUCUUGCAUCUAUUCUUUCCUCUAAUACUAAAUACCAAUAUUUUACAAAUGCAUUUGCAUAUAAAUAUAUGAUAAUAAAUAAAGACCCAACUCCAAAUCGAUCAACUGUUUGUGAUGCUGCUGCAAAAGAAUAG